AUGAGGAGCUGUCUUUUUCCGACUCUCGCAGUCGAGCUGGUCGAGUUUAUCGCGGGUUUUCUGGAAGGAGAUGCCUUGCUGGAUCUCCGUUUGGUCUGUCGCGAAAUACAGGAAAAGACCUUUCAUCACUUUGCGCAGCGCUUCUUUUCAUCUAUCAAGACGGACUUGUCGGAUGACAGUCUACGUCGUAUAAAUGCCCUCGCCCGGAAUUCUGAGCUCCGUCCGUAUGUGCAAGGCUUAGCUUUCAUGCUUCACAAUGGGGUUGGUCACGGCCUAGUGUGGGAACGGCAUCCAUGGGGUCCAUUAUCAGCUCCCUUGGAAGUGGAGGCGAUUCGGUCUCUGCGGGACAACCUGAUUCGAAAUUUGACCAACUGUCGAUCGUUUUUCAUCUUUUGUCGAUAUCCAGAGGGUCAUCCAGACAUGAGCCAUGUCACCAUCACUGAUGCCGUCGCUGUUUUCUUUGCCCUGGUUGUCGAUGCUCGUCUGCCUGUUUCAUCCUUCCAUCUCAUAUACGCGAACAAAUACUCGCGCACCUUGAUCAUGGAUAUGCGUCGCUUGCCGAAGCUUCUCUACCGUCAACCAGAGUUCAAACUUGUCUGGGGCAACUUGCAAAAGCUGUCUUUAGAACAGUACCUAACCUUAGAUAACUUUGGGUUUUUGCUGGAACUGGUUCUCAGCGCUCCAAAUCUCCAAACCCUUCUUUUGAAUCUUGGCUCGCAUGACUUGGCCUCUGAGUUUAUGCACGAACUCGCAGAGAGUGCCAAUUUUUCCCAGUUGCGCGAGCUCGCAUUAUUUCGAACAUGCGUACGGGCUCCAGAUCUUGACAAGUUACUCGGCACUGCUCGUGAAAAUUUGAGUGCACUGACACUUUAUCAUAUUUCAUUGGCUUCAGGCAACACCUGGACAUCCUUUCUCAAAGGGCUUGGUGAAAACUUUUUGGCUUUGCGAAGUAUUUCACUUUACUAUCUAUGGGCCAGUACACCAGCUAAAGGGCUCUUGACAUUUCCAGAUCUUCGAAAGACAUAUUCACUUUGCACCAUGAAUGGUCAAAGCCUCAAUAUGUUUUAUUCUGAGGAUUUGAAGAGUCCCACUGUUCUUGGAAUUGAGUAUUCUGGUUCCAAGAUGCCACACGUGUUGAGUCUGUUACAGACAACCACUGAGACUUCUUGA